AUGAGCCAGCGCACGCGGAGCCCCCUUGAAGUACUUAGUACUGUUCAGCACAAACCAUUCGACGAGGAUGUAGUUGUCAUCAAUGAUGAUAAAAUGCUUGAGGAAUGCCUUGGGAAGUGUUUUCCCAAGCCUCUUCUCUAUCUGUCCACUUCAAAGCACGCUUCUCCUAUAACUUGGGCAAACUUUUGGGACUACCUCCAGAAAAAUUCGAACAAGAAGAUUGAUGUCUAUGACUACUCAAUCUUGACUGAGUCAAAGCGUACUCAACAACGCACUGUCCAAAAGGACACUGCUGCCCGGUCCCGAUUAUUAAUGCUAAUCUGCUUGAGCGGGCGCUACUACACGCCGAGGAGACGGUGGGCAAAACUGACUCCAUGUGGUCAAGCUCACAUGCAGAGUUCCUUGUUGCAAGUCUUACAUGGUCGAAAGAUUUUCUAUUUCCCUCGCAGAGUUGAUUCUACUUCUAUCCGGUUACUUGCGCAGGUUGGGUCUCAAUAUGUGAAUGGAUAUAUUGGAGGGUGGGCUCGUGUGGAGCUUCAGGCCGGUGAUCUCUUGUAG